CGAAACAUGACUUACAGAAUCCAAAAGUCGUUGUCCGUACCAGCAGAACAGCCACAUUUGAGACAAUGCAGUUAACAAGAAGACUUUUUCGUCGUUGUCGCUAUGUUGGUGGCGUGCGCACACGCUAGUGGGCUCCAUGGCGGAGACUACACCAGCUUCUCGUACGGCGUGUCCGACCCCCACACCGGCGACGUCAAGGGCCAGCACGAGACCCGCAUUGGGGACUCCGUAGUCGGGCAAUACUCCCUCCUGGAGUCCGAUGGAACGAAGAGAACUGUCGACUACGCCGCUGAUGCUCAUUCCGGAUUCAACGCUGUUGUGAGGAAAGACGGUCUAGUACACGCUCCCGUGGUCGCCGCUCCUAUCGCCCACGCUGCUCCUAUCGGCUCCGCCCACGCCGCUCCUCUGGCCUACGGAGCUUCUAUCGCCCAUGGCUCUUCUCUCGCCUACGGAGCGUCCAUCGCUCACGGCUCUCCUUUGGCAUACGGUGCUUCUUACGGUUACGGCUCUCCCGUCGCCUACGGAGCUUCCGUCGCCCAUGGCUCUCCCCUGGCUUACGCUGCCCAUGGCUCGCCCCUAGCCUACGGUGCCGGUCUGUCCCAUGGAGCCGUGGCCUACGGAGCCCAUGGUCUUGCCCUCGGCGCUCACGGAUGGUAAUUAGUUAUAAUUAGACAUUAUAAAGUCUUUAGUCAUUCGAUAGGCGUAGUAGCUGUGAUGUUUUGA